GGGAGCGCCGGAUUACGCACUUCCUGCCAGUGUCGGGGCCGAGUCUCUGUGUGGCGGGUUCGAGUCCUGCCUCCUGACCCUGCCUCAAGGCCCCUGAGACCGGGGCGGGGCGCAUUCAACCGAUAGCCUCUCUUUGGCGAGGGGCGGUGGCACACAUUUGGCUUCACCAUGGACGACUACCUGCAGGGUUGUCGAGCUGCUCUGCAGGAAUCUCAACCACUACAUGUUGUGCUGGGAAAUGAAGCCUGUGACUUGGACUCCAUGGUGUCAGCUCUCACCCUGGCUUUUUACCUGGCAAAGACAACAGAGGUUGGGGAAGUCUUUGUGCCAGUUUUAAAUAUAAUGCGUUCUGAACUACCUCUACGAGGUGACAACGUCUUCUUCCUACAAAAGAUUGGCAUUCCAGAGUCCCUCUUGAUUUUCCGGGAUGAGAUUGACCUCCAUGCAUUGCACCAAGCUGGCCAACUCACCCUCACCCUUGUUGACCAUCAUGUCUUACCCAAAAGUGAUGCAGCCCUAGAGGAGGCAGUUGCAGAGGUGCUAGACCAUCGGCCCGUUGAGCAAACCCACUGCCCUACCUGCCAUGUUUCAGUUGAGCUGGUGGGGUCCUGCGCUACCCUUGUGACAGAGAGAAUCCUACAGGGGGCACCAGAGAUCUUGGACAGGCAGACUGCGGCCCUUCUGCAUGGAACAAUCAUCCUGGACUGUGUCAACAUGGACCUUAAAAUUGAAAAGGCAACUGCAAAGGACAACAAAUAUGUGGAGAAGCUGGAGGCCCUCUUUCCAGAUCUGCCCAAGAGAAAUGACAUCUUCGAUUCUCUGCAAAAGGCGAAGUUUGAUAUAUCAGAACUGACCACUGAGCAGAUGCUGAGAAAGGACCUGAAGACCAUCUCCAGACAAGGCGCAAAGGUGGCCAUCAGUGCUAUAUAUAUGGACUUGCAGGCCUUUCUGCAGAGGUCUGGCCUCAUUACAGAUCUCCAUGUUUUCUGCCAGGCUCACAACUUCGAUGUCCUGGUCGCCAUGACUAUGUUUUUCAACACUCACAAUGAGCCAAUGAGGCAGUUGGCUGUUUUCUGUCCCCAUGCAGCACUCCGAAUGAUGAUUUGUGGAGUUCUGGAACACUCCCACUCCCCACCCCUGAAUCUGACCCCUGCCCCAAGCACCCACCCUAACCUCCAAGCCUAUCUUCAGGGCAACACCCAGGUCUCUCGAAAGAAACUUCUGCCUCUACUCCAGGAAGCCCUGUCAGCAUAUUUUGACUCCAUGAAGAUUCCUUCAGGGCAGCCUGAGACAGAGGAUAUGUCCAGGGAACAGGAGGACAAGGAAUUGGACAGGGCAGGUAACUCCCUGAUUUCUGAACUGAGUCAAGAUGAGGAGGAGCCUCCACUGCCCCCCACGCCUAUGAACAGCUUGGUGGAUGAGUGCCCCCUGGAUCAGGGGCUGCCUAAACUCUCAGCCGAGGUCGUCUUUGAGAAGUGCAGUCAGAUCUCGCUGUCACAGUCUACCACUGCUCCCCUGUCCAAGAAGUGACUAUUGGGAGAGGAGGGGAGGGGAAAGUGAGAGGGGUUGCUUGAUUCACCUCAAAUGCAUGUUUUGAGCUGUUUCAGCAGUUCUGUCUUCAUUGCUCCAGGUUCUGGUGUGCUGUUCUCAUAAAUCUGGGAGAAAAAAGAAGUAGAGAAAGCAGCUGCUUUAGGAAUGGCUUUCUGCCUCUUCCUCCCCAAUCUCUAGUAAUCAGAAAAAUUUUAUUAUUUAAUUUAAUUCUUUAAAUCUGCACUGACUCUCAUCUAUUUCAUUUGCCAGGGGCAUAAUGUAAUACAUACCCAGUUCCUGCAGAGGGGCACAGAAAGAGAGUGCACCCUGAAAGGGCCCUCAGUAAGGCUCUUUAACAGAACCAGUAUCUCUCGUGGAACCCAGCACUCAUUGUCUUCAUAUAUUCAUUCAUUCUCUUAUUAAUUCAGAUACUUAUUAAAUACCUACUUUAAGCUAGAUAGAAAGUAGAGUGUGCCUGGGAAACUCUUACUCCAGUUUUCAGCCUUUAGCAGAUUUCCCACUCAGUGAUUCCUCUUUCUGCCCUCAGUUAGGUAAUAGGUGUCUGAGUCCCAGAUGGCUAAAUUUCUAUUCCUAGUUUAUUGAGACUCUUUCAGGAUUUUUUGGGAGCAGACUGGAGGCCAGCAUUUUCUGUCCAGAUCAGGUAGCCUAGUUCUCAGUAUCUCUGAUCCCUCUGUCCCAGAGCUGCAGGGACCCUGAAAGGACCCAGAACACCCUGGUUCUUGAGAGUCCAGGAGAUACCCAGGCAGGCCUAAGACCUCAUAGGCACUCUUUCCCAAAGACAGCAGAAAUGCAGUGAGAGCCAGCCUCUGCCUCACCGAAGUGGGCCUUUCAUUUUCUUGUCCAUCUCUUUCUCUUGUUCAUAUUAAAAGCAAGCAUGGAGUUCUAAUACCAACUGCCAUGAACUGUGUGUCUUUUGGAAAGCCACUUCAUUUUCUUAUCUGUAAAGCUGAGGAUCUGGACUAUGUUCUCUGCUAUCCUGUGGUCUGCCUGUUGCUGCCUUCCUUUCUCUCCUCUGCUUCUCUGUUUUUGGUUGUUGUUUUUUUCUGUUUUCCCUGGGGAAGUUCAGGGUCACUGGACUGUCUGCAUUUAUAUGUGAUUGUAGUAAAGGACCCGGCCUCAUGUAGCAUGUGCAGGGGUAUGAUUCAUAACCAUAGUGACCCACAAAAAGCUCCUUCCUAUUGUCUUAUUCUGCAUGUAUAGAGUCUCCCUUUUUUCUUUAAACAACCAGUUCCACCUUUUCCUACCCCAUAGCUCUAUCCCAUGUAAGUUGCCGACAGUUUCACUAAACAGUGGGGUAUGCAGUGGUUUUGGCAUGACAUCUUCAGUAUGAGGGGGACAGUCUGACUUCACUUUGAUGGGCUGAUGUCUGUAGCCAUUGGAAGGUAAAAAAAAGUGGUGUGAUUACUGAACCAAAGGAAUUUAUGUUUUGUAACUUGGGUACUUUAUUUUGUAUUUUGUUAAAGUAUUAAAUACUUUUUUCCUGUU